UAUCAACUUCGCUCCAGCUCUUCAGCCGGUCCUUAAGCCAUGCAAUGGUCAACAUCCCUCCGCUUCCUCAUGGUGCGUGGCCGGACUUGGCACCGGAACUGGUGGCCUCGGAACGUCAUGAAGGUGAUUCUUCACAUAGGCCCAGGAGGAGAGGACAUGGCAAGUCGCAUCACAGCAAGCAAGCUCUUCCGUUAGCACGAAUUCCUGAAGAAGCUGAAUCUACGCUUUUCCGGUCUCGCUGCUCAAUCCUGGGGCUCAUGACAGUGGAGCUUUUGCGUUUAUCGGUGGUGCGUGUUUUCCCAUCGCCUGGUGGCUUGGAAUACACGGCUCAGAUGCUUUGCUGCGCUGCCAACGGCAUCGUUACGCUUGGCUCUCUGCCUGUCUUUGCGCACGCGGGUCUAGGCAUUUGCGUGAACCGGCGCUGCCUGGGCUCUUUGUUGACACUGAUUUUGACAGCGGCCACUUGCACGUGGGGUGCUGUUGUGCUCGCGCUUUUUCCAGGUGGUGGUUUGCAGAGGAUCAACAGCCAUCUGCUCGAUGAUGGAGCUCCGGAGAGUUUACGCUUUCUUGGUGUAUGGAACUGUCUCAUGCUCUCCUCAGUAUCCUUCCAGACCGCUCUUUGUGUUGCUGCCUGGGGCUUCUACAGAACCUACCGGCAGCUGGGGCUCUACCCCCCGGUUCCUUGGAAUGUGUCACGUGCGAAGCUGUGGCAACGCUCUUGUGCCGAGCUUCAAGAAUUUAUUGGGGCUGUCACUAAGGAGCCGAGAAAAGGUCGUAUCCAGCCAGAAGUUUCUGCCUUUGAAUUUGUGUGUGAAGCAGAAGAUGUUGCACUUCUCAGUGACCAAUGCCACGGAAACUGGACCUGUGAGCGAGGAGAAGAAGGCGAGCUGGGCCGAACUCCUGUGCCUAGUCCCGCGCCUCCUCGACGUGUGCUGCACGAAAAUGAUGUCCACUAUCCGCUGGAAGAGGUUAGGCCGUUAGGCCCAUAAGGAGUGUAUAAAGUAAUUCAAAGCAGUUCAAAACUGAAUGAUGGGGACGACUGCCUCCAAAGCAAAGGUUUUUGGAAGGAGUGUGUCAUCCCGUUUUGGCUUGGGGCUCCAAAGAUGGGCCACUGCGAUUCUUUGACAUGAAAAAGUCUUUGCCAUUCUUUGCAUGCUAGCCGUCAGCAGCCUGUGGACCUAGUGCGGCUUCAUGCGGCUUCAUGAAAAGAAGCAAGCAUCAGCCAAAGGCUUCGCGUGCUACCAGCCACACUGAUUCGAGUGUUUCAGACACAAA